CGUAUGAUUUCACACUUUUGGGUUUGUGUGUGAUGUGACAUGUUUUCUGUAUUUGGUUUCUUAGAUUUAUGUCAUCUUUAAAUGUGUAUGUAUCUGGAGUUUCACACAGAAUGGAGUGAUUUCCAGUUCUGAUGUAUAUAUAAAAAGUAAAUUUAUAUUUAAAUGAAUUGUAUAUUUUACUUUAGUAUUAGUUAAAUGUUACACUUCACCUUUUUUUGCAGUAUCUGAACAGGCAUCUAUCUAUCUAUUGAAAUCAGUGUAUGUUUUUUUCUGCAUGCCGAAUAUAAAAGAAAAUCCAGAAGCUAGUUCACAGGUUAAGCGGCUGAAAAAAUAAUCCCAUUCUUCCAGAGGCCAUCGCUGGGACAUUUUCCCGCAAUAAAAGUGAGAGCAAGAGUUAAAAUUCCUCCACACCUGUCAUAGAUCCUCCAGCUGCCCUGCUUUCCCCUUCUAUGGUGACAAGCCUUUGAGCUGGACCUUUAACCUUUGAGACACACAGGCAGAAAUGAGAUGCAUUCUGAGUGAGCAUGAGGAAUUUCCUUUAGAAGAAACAGAACAAACAGCAGUCUUGCUGGGCUAGGAGUUGAGUGCUUCUGCCAUGGGUUUCUUUCACAUGUACAUGUUACAUUAGGAAAGGGGGAUGAGUAAAUAUCUGGCCAGCUCAGCUUUAUUUUAAAGUUCAGGAUAAUAAAGUUGCUUUCUAGAUUAUUUGCAUUGAGGCAACACUAUGAAUUUGAGAUGAGAGUUGCUUACCUGGUCCAUCUAGGGAUGUUGUUUUAAUGAGGUGUUUAUCAGUCACUAGAGGGCACUGUUGCCUCAUCAUUCAAGUUUGUUUACACUGACACGGAUUGCGAAAAUUAAAUUUUGAAUUGUUCAAAAACCCAGGCGAAUCCGUAGCAUAUUAUUCCAUUAGCCUUGACUGAAGUCUCAAGGGAAAAUUGCCCGAACUGAGUCACACUGAUAGUCCAUAAGCAUACGAAUCUUUUAAAGAUACUUUUCUGCCUUACAGUUGAUCUCAAACGUAUCAAACAUAUGCAAAUAAUCAAAUAAUUUGUAUAAAUAUAUUUUAUCAUAUUAUACUUGGUCUACAAUUGCAACGAAUUCAAUUGAAAUACAUUUUGUACUGUCAUAUAGCCUAUUAUAACUAUUUCUCACAAUGCAUUUAUCUCAGUCAUGAUUAUGAUAUUAUGAUUUACCAAAGAGCAGGUGUGUGUGUGUGUGUGUGUGUGUGGUGCCAGUAAGAGUCAGGACUGGCACUAGACUACAAACAGUGAUAAAAGCCGGACUGACCUCAGGUCUCCAGAACUCUGGCACUUUCCCAAGAAACACUCAAAGAGAGGAACAGCAUUGUGGAUACCAGUUUCUUUUGUGGACCUUCUGCAGACAAGUGAGUUUUUUUAGCCUUUCCUGAAAUGGACUUAUUUUGCAGCAGGGGUCUCUGCAAGGUUGGUGAACAAGUGAGGCGUUCUUUGACUGAAAGAAGGAAUGCCUUGUGUCAGACUAGGAGUGGUUGACAGAACAGGAAGGUAAGAAAGAGUGAGAGGGGGCGAGAGACAGUCACAGAGUUAGACGACUUUUGUCCUGUGCUGGGGAGGAGAAUCUGCUUUGUGUCUGUGAUGGUUGGGUUUGAGUGUGUGCCAGCAAGAACCUCACAGCAUCUCGCGACCAUCCUCAGGACUUUAUCCAUCUACAUAAUUUCAUCUCCAUGAGGAGCCAUGUGUUUGCCAUAAGAGGGUCUUGUUCCAUAGGCUGCCAGAAAGUUUGUAAAGGAUCCUCAUGUCCCGGAGCGAGUAAGUGAAAACACGCUGGUCAUGGAUAGUUUGAACCAAAACUUUACCAUUGGACAUCAGUCUCAUCAAGUGCUCCAGAGCACUCCACUGGAUUUGAUUGAGACUGGGAAAGCCCUGAAGGUCCAAGCAGAGCGCCCCCACUUGGUUAGUCUGGGAAGUGGCCGUCUCAGUACAGCCAUCACCCUCUUACCCCUGCCUGAAGGCAAGACCACUCUGGGUCAUGGAGGCAUGGACAUCAACAUCCAGGGCCCAGGGAUCGCAGCUCAGCACUGCUUUAUCGAAAACCAGGCAGGACUCAUCACGCUGCACCCCUGUGGAAACCAGUGUAGCAUGGACGGACUGCCGGUCACCAAACCUGUGCGCCUGUCUCAAGGCUGUAUGCUGUGUUUCGGCCAAUCCACCUUCUUCCGUUUCAACCACCCCGAGGAGGCUUUCCGAAUGAAAAGCAUGAUGCCUGAGGGAGGACAGACAGCUAGUGUGAAAAACCGGGCCCACACAGAUUCCGGGAACCUUGUCAAUGGGAACCACUCGUCAAGUGUGCCGAAAUCUCACUUGGUCUCCAACGAGAGAGUGCGCCCUGAGCACAGUGCCAUCGUCAGUUCCAUUGAGAAGGACCUUCAGGACAUUAUGGACUCAUUAGUCAUGGAUGACCCUCAGCCCUCUUCCUCAAAGAAGCCCUCUGGUCAGCCCAUCUCCCAGUCUCCCUUGUCCCCCAUGUUAAAUGGAGGGGGGCGCUUCCUUCUCUCACCCCCAACGAGCCCUGGUGCUAUGUCUGUGGGCUCCAGCUAUGAGAAUACCUCCCCUCUCUCUCCUCUCUCUCCUCUCUCAUCCCCAUCAGCUGCCAGCAGUGGCAGCUACAACAGUCCAUCUCCGAGUGGUUGUCAGGACCAGCUUCACACACUUCCUCCUGUACCAGUGAGGUCUUCUAGUUACAAUUUCACCAGCCAGCCACCCAUACCUCAGCCACGGACCAUACUGCCAAGCUAUUCUGGUGGGAACAGUGAGUCAAAGGUGUCUGAGAGUCCCAGACUCCAGCGAAAGGCUCUUUUAGAAGCACCGCCAAGCCCAAAGCCAAGUCGUAAGGGGUUGAACCAAGACAGCUCGGUGGCUAAAACCCCAGACAGCCCCAUACAGACUCACAGUCUGCCUGCAGUCUCAAUCUCUACUGCUCCGACUGAUUACCCAUCUGUCAGUCGGGUUCUAGUUCCAGGCAGUCCCAGACUGACCCCCAAAUUCUUCACUGCAUCCCCAUUCUCCUCACCUUCUAGCCCUAGAAACAAAACUGCCAUUGUUCUGCAGGAUCGGUCAUCAAGUCCUCAGCCUCAGCCAGAUCGCUCCUUGACCUCUAGCCCUUCUAACCAACUCUCCCCACCCUCACGAUCUUUCCAGCCCCCUUUGGACCCCAUUGUCCACAUCAUUCAGGGUGGACCUCCACAGCCACAUCCUCGCACAUUGCAGCCUCCAGAAAGUCCGCGGCUGGCCCGCAGGAACCUUGAAGGGAGUAGCAUGAGGGAGCUUCCCCCUCUAAGCCCCUCCAUAGCUCGCAGGGGGGUUCCUGUGCUCCCCGGAGCUCUACCAGGAACCCUGCGGACUCCAGAGAGUCCAUCCCCAAGAAUGGUGCCAGAAAGUCCCAGACUCAGGCGGAAAGCAGGGUCUCCUACAGAAGAACCAUUCAGCCCUCGUGGGAUGCGUGCUCGUAGUCCUUCACCUACUUCUGGACUGAUGGGGGAAGGCAGUGGAUGGAAGGAUAGUUUUGGGAACUCGCUCUCUUCUGCCUUUAGCCUGGGUUCUCUGCCUGGGUCAUCGCCCCGAUCCAGUCCCAGGAGCCACAGAAAGAUGUCAGCAGGCCACAGGGACCUCCGGAUGCCUCACCCAGGUAUGAGGGAGCGCAAAAAUAGCAUCUCAGAGAUCAGCGACAACGAGGAUGACCUUCUGGAGUACCACAGGCGCCAAAGAGAAGAACGACUCAGAGAGCAAGAAAUGGAGAGGCUGGAACGGCAGCGGCUGGAAACAAUCUUGAACCUCUGCGCCGAGUAUAACAAGGGUGACGGGCCGGCGGGAGAUCUGGGGCUUGGCUCAAGGGACCAGCUUAAUGUCAGACAUCCUUCUUUGGACAGUGUGAGCAGUGCUUCCCUAAGGGUGACGCAGAGACAUCGUGGAAGCCGAGAGGAGAGCCUGAAGGAGGACAGCAAUAGCACUGAGAGUGCACAGCAGGACCGACGGACCCCACCAGCUCUGCUAAAUGGACAAAAUGGACAGGCAGAGGACUCUCUGGGAUCGGGCAGCAUUGGCCGUCUGGAACUGGGAUACCUGGAGGAGGAGCGGGUUCGAGUGCUGGCAAAGGUAGAUGAGCUCAAAGCUCGAAUCACAGAACUGGAGCAGCAACUUCAAGAGUCCAAACAGGAGGCGGAAAUGGAAAGAGCUCUUCUGCAGGGAGAGAGACAGGCCGAGCUGGAGCACAUUGAGGCUGAGACAGAGAUUAUCAACCAGCUACAGCGCAAACUCAGUGAACUGGAGAGCACCAUUCAGAGAGAGAAAGACAAGGAGAGGGCUAAUGUUGACGCAGAGCGGGAAGCCCUGGAAAGGCUUCAGGAUGAGUACAAUGAGUUGACGAGCCAGCUUCAUAACUGCCCUGAGUCUCUGAGGGAGCAGUUACAGGAACAACUCAAGAGGGAAGCUGAGACCCUUGAGGCUGCGACUAAGCAGUUUGAGGACCUGGAGUUCCAGCAGUUAGAGAAGGAGAGCAGUCUAGAAGAGGAGCGCGAGACCAUCAGCCAGCAGCUGCUGCAGGACAGAGCUCAGUACCACAGCAGCAUCACCAAAAGAAAGGAAAAAGUUGCAUCAUUGGAAAGCCAGGCCAGUCAGCUGGGAAUACAGGCCACUCAGGAGUGUGAGAGACUGGCUAAGGACAGAAGUUUGACCUUGCAACUGCUACAGAAGGAAAAGGAAAGGCUGGCCAGCCUGGAGAGAAGAUACCAGAGCUUAACUGGUGGAAAAACGUUCCCCAAAAGCUCCAACACUAUAAAAGAGGAGUAUGUGACCGUCGGCCAAUUACACCAGAUCUAUGGGAUGCCGAAGGUGGAGUCUUCCCCUACCUCACCCAUCCAAUUACUUCAGUCUUCUCUCGCAGACUCCGCCUUCUCCUACCUCCCCUCCCCUCACGGCUCCUCCCUCUCUCUCUCCUUCGAGCGUCAGUCGGACUGGGGCAGGCCUCAGAUGCCCGCUCUAAAUUUAGAGCACUGGUACCCUCCUCUUCCCCUCUCGGCUAAAGCUUUCUCAUCACGCAAGCCUGUGCAGGUGUACCGCUUUCGACUGGACAGUGAUACCAGCCAAUCAUCACUGAGACCAAAAAUCAGCGCUGGUCUGUCCCCCACAUACACUACGGCUACACUGGGACGCAACACUCCCACCAGGAGUCCUCUGAUGGUAGCCAACAGCACCGGGAGUCUCCCACGCAACCUGGCAGCCACCCUUCAGGACAUUGAGACCAAAAGGCAGCUGGCUCUUCAGCAAAAAGAAUUCUUGCCCUCCAUGUUUGAGUCAUCCUCCAGUACGGACAGUCCCACAGGCCAGCAAGUGAUUGAGGAGCAGCGGAGACGUUUGGCCGAGCUGAAGCAGAAAGCUGCAGUAGAGGCUCAGUGCCAGUGGGAGGCGCUCCAUGGCUCUCAAACGCAGAUCAACAGUCCCUUUUGUUCAACCUCGGGGCCAGUCGUGCAUCACUCCAUCCUGCACCACACGGCGCCCUCUUCUGGGGAACAGCCUUAUGACACCCUCAGCCUGGAGAGCUCGGACAGCAUGGACACAAGCAUCUCCACUGGAAACAACUCGGCCUGCUCUCCUGACAACAUGUCCAGGUUCAACAUUUCCAUUGCCAGUUGUAUGGAUGCGUUGAAGAUUGAGGAGAUGGAGAAGAUGUUAAAAGAGGCACAACUGGAGAAAGCUCGACUCAUAGAGUCCAGAGAACGAGAGACUCAUACCCGUAAACUCAUGCUAGAGGAGGAGAGAAGAAGAAGAGAGGAGGCGGAGAAGAGACUGAAGGAGGAGACGAUACAUAGAGAGCAGCUGAUAGAGAAGGAGGUGAAGAUGAGGGCCAAAAACUUCUCUCAGGCCCGUCCGAUGACCCGAUACCUUCCCAUUCGCAAAGAGGAGUUUGACCUCCGUUCCCACAUCGAGUCCUCAGGUCACAGCGUGGAUACGUGCUACCACGUGAUUCUCACCGAAAAGAUGUGCAAGGGCUAUCUUGUCAAGAUGGGAGGAAAGAUCAAAUCCUGGAAGAAGCGCUGGUUCGUCUUUGAUCGCCUUAAAAGGACGUUUUCCUAUUACGCCGAUAAGCAUGAGAGCAAAUUGAAGGGCGUCAUCUACUUCCAGGCUAUCGAGGAGGUUUACUACGAUCACCUGCGCAGUGCCACAAAGAAAGGAUUUUUCAAUCUGAAUUUGGCAAACAGCCCCAACCCCUCCCUGACCUUCUGCGUGAAGACCCACGACAGACUGUAUUACAUGGUGGCCCCGUCCGCAGAGGCCAUGAGGAUAUGGAUGGAUGUAAUAGUGACAGGAGCCGAGGGCUACACGCAGUUCAUAAACUGAGACAGAACCCACUGCUGCUCGCUGACCAACGCUUCAAUACGGAAACCAUUCGGCAGGGAGACAUCAAAUGACCCAGACCUGUUAUUCCCAACGAGAGGAAAAACUUGAUUUUGUUACUUCCUUUUUUUCUUCUUCUUCUCGUGUUUCCUGAAGAUGUUAUAUAUUCACUCAGAUGCACAGACAGAUAUCCACCAGAGGCUUUCCACAUCUGAUUGAAAAAGGGAGAAGACGAAAAGCCCCGGUGAACCAAACCUGCAGGUGGUGGCUCACUCACCUUCGAAGAAAAUGCCUUUUUGCCGUCAGAGAUAUUUUUCAGUUGCAGUUCGGUUUAUUUUGUCUCGAUGUGGAGAAACGUGACUUUCAUUGGUAAAGUUUGUCCCACGAUUUGUAAAAAUGCCAAAUGCCGUCAAGCCAUUCUGGAAUAGUAUUGUGCUAAAUACUUGAUGGGAUUGACUGACACGAAAUGACUAGAGAAUAUAAAUGAACUACAUUACAUUUAAAUGAUGAUUUAAAUUAAAUGGAGCAUUACACUCGCAUUUAAAGGUCACAGAAACAAAGACUUAAUUCACCAAAGCUCACCUACCAGCUCAGGAGUCUAUAUUUAUUGUAGAGGUACAUCAGCGACUCCUGUCCAACUUUAUCCCACUGUGUCUCUGUGUUCCCAGCUCAUUCUUUUAGAUGCAGAACCACAAAUGCAUGCACACACACACACACACACACACACUAUUUGCCAAGUCCUGACAACUUGAUCUUGUGAUUUGGCUCCCUAGGGAGGCAGCCAUCACCUAUCACUGCCAGCCUACGAGAGUUUGGAAUAGUUGCCACAAACAGGAGAAAAAGAAACAACAUCAUAAUCAUGCAGUGCCUUGAUAAUGACCCAUAUUUGUCACUUUUAGCAUCUCAAUUGUUACACUAGUGAAAAAUAGCUGGAAUAGUAGUCUUAAGGUGCGGCCACAUUAAUGAAAUUUUGAGAUUAAAAAAAAAGUUGAUUGUCAGUUGUACACAGCUCACACAGAAGUCACGUUCUAAACAAGCAAGUUUUCUUGGUUUCUGUUGGUCAUUGCAGUGAAUGUGAUUGUUUAUCAUUUUAUUUGAUAUUUCUGUUUUGGAAAAUCUUUUGUCAUCAUCGAAAUUCCAGAUUGCAUGGAUGCCUAUUGAGAUUCACCUUGAUUUCACCUGCGAAAAUUCACAAAACAACAGUAAAUUUGUGCAAAUUUUGUGAAAAUUACACAGGCAAAAAAAAUUACAUUUAACUGUCUAUUAUCAAUAGUGUAGCAGUGUUGGUCAUCACGGUGAAUUCACUUGGCCAAGAUUCGAAAUCUGGAUUGGGAAGCCUCUCGCCGUCAUGCGAAUUAAAAUCCCAAUUUUAAUCCCAAUUAAAAUUUGCCUGGAUUUCGCAUGCGAAAAUUCACUGACCAACAGUCAAUUAUUAAAAGGUUUGUGAAAAUUUCUAGGCUGUCAAUAGUGUAGUGACAUAUGAAGUACAGUUCACACAGAAGUCAUUUUCAAACCAGAUAGCUUUAUGUUUGUUGAAUUCGUGUGACCAUCUGAACCCGUGGCGAAAUCUGAAUGAGAAAUCGUUCAGUUACGCAACGUUCCCAAAUACAUGGAUGCUUAUUGAAAUGACUGGAUUAUUACAGCAGAUUUAUGUUGGCUGAACUCCCAAGACCUUGUGAACCUGUUGCGAAAUCUGGGCAGGGUAAUCUUUCAUCAUCACACAAAAUUUCAGAACAUGUGGAUUCAUAUCGAAAUGACUGGAUUUCACCUUAAAAAAUUCACAGAGCAACAAUAAAUGUGACCGCACCUUUAUUCCAUGAUACAUAGUGGGUUUUACUGUUUGAAGAGAUUGUGAACAAACACGUACAGUAAUAAAAAAUAAAAAGUGACCUAUUUAAAUCAGUCCGAUACUGCUUCAAUACAAUUUAAGAAGCUAUUUAAAGCGUUUAGUAGCUGUUCAAGUAUUAUUGAUGUUUUGCAGGCCUUUGGAGAAUAUAAAAUGUUUAUUUAUGAUUAGCGAUUUUACAGCUACAACACUGUUAAAAAUGACCAACGUGUUCUACUUUCUCCCAAACCAAACUGUAUGUUCAAAUGCAAUCUACAGAGAAUUGAAAUCAACAUGAAUAAGUGGUCUUCAUUAUGCGUGUAAGAUGUCUCGAGUACUAUCACAGAACUAGGUGAAAACGGUGUUGUAAAAUGUUGAACAUAAAUACACUCAACGGUUUUCCUUA